AUGUCUGACGAAGAGAAGCAGGCCGCGUUUGGGCGGCAAUCACAGGGGGCUCUGGUACCCAACGUGAGCCCCAAUCAUAACGAAACCGCACACAUGAGUGAGCUAGAGAAGCACGGGAACUUCGUCUUGACUGAAGAGGAGGCAUUUGCUCAUGCGCACAACCACCCUGAGGACACUACACCCAUCUACAUUGUCUACUCGGCCGACGAUAAAGACAAUCCCCGCAAUUGGCCACGGCAAAUACAGGAAGAGUUUGGGGUGUCUCAGGAACUGACGACGCUGUUACUUGCUCUGUAUGUGUUGGGCUUCGCCGUUGGCCCGGUUGUCCUAGCUCCGCUAUCAGAAUACUUCGGUCGCCGACCACUCUAUGUGGUAUCUUGGUUCGUCCUCUUCAUGUUCCAAUUACCAAUCGCCCUUGCGCCAAACUACGGCACGCUGGUGGUUUGUAGAUUCAUCGGCGGCUUUGCUGGCGGUGCUCCUCUCACCAAUACCGGUGGCACCAUUUCCGACCUGUUCAAACGCGACGAGAAUGGGGUUAUCAUGGCUUUCUAUGGUGUCAGCAGCACGUUUGGGCCUCCGUCAGCUUUAGUCAUCAGUGGGUAUCUGGCCCAGAACGAAGGGUGGCGCAUGGUUUUCUGGACCUUGUUUGCCAUCACAGGAGGGUUUUGGGUACUUCUCGUGCUCACUGUUCCAGAGACACGUCAUUCGAAGAUACUGGAGAAGAAAACGCGACGAGUGCGCAAGCAUAUGGAAAAAGAAGGUCUCGCUGUUGCCAAGUAUAUCAGAGAGGCUGAUGCAGACGAACGGAGGGGCAUGAUGGGCCUCUUCAAAGUUUCUCUCACUCGACCAUUUACCUUUCUCUUUACCGAGCCCAUCACCAUGUUUGCAGCAGCAUACAAUGGGUUUCUUUAUGGCUUGGUCUACCUCUUCAACGAAUCUUUUCCGCUGGUUUUUGGUGCUGGUGGGCACGACUUCAAUACUGGGGAGCAGGGCCUAUCUUUUCUCGGACUUGCAAUUGGGCCGCUCAUCGCGUUCUGUUUCUACCCGCUUCAAGAACGCUACUAUCUCCGACGAGUUACGGAGAAUGAUGGGAAAGGUGUGCCAGAGGCCAGAGUCUGGAUGGCGCGUUACGGAGCCCUACUCAUCCCAAUCAGCCUUUUCUGGUUCGCCUGGACCAGCUAUCCAUCUGUACAUUGGAUUGUUCCCAUCAUUGCAUCAUCCCUCUUUGGAGCCGGCAUCUACAUCGUUAUCCUGAGUAUCUUGAAUUACUUAGUCGAUGCCUACCAGGUCUACUCCGCGUCAGCGCUGGCCGGUACGAUUUUAGUACGCAACUUGGUUGGUGGAGGCUUCCCCAUGUUUGCCACGCAGAUGUAUAAGAAGUUGGGGAACGAGUGGGCGUCGAGUCUACUGGGCUUCAUUGCGAUCUUGCUGGUGCCGAUACCCUGGGUGCUUUUCUAUAGAGGGUACGUUAUCAGGAAACGGAGUCCGUGGGCUUCGAUGCAUCUAGAUCAGGAUGAGGAUGUUCCCCAUUGA